GACAAACUUUUCCUAAGUUUUUUUCUUCCGACAUUGAUGUUAAGUCCAAAUUCUUAGUAAUUUUUCAUCGUAAACAUAUUAUGGAAAACAAUGCAAAGAAAGAAACUUCCAAGGAUAUUAGCAACGGCACUAGCAGUAGUGGAUCGUCGACUUCCAAAACAGUUGUCGAGGAUUCGGAAUGGAGCCGUAUAAAAGUCAAACAACAGCUUCUGGAGCAUGGCUAUUUUGUAGGUCACAGCAUUGGAGAGGGAUCCUAUUCUAAGGUGUACUAUUCCGAAUUCAGGAAGCCGGGUGAACAAUUCGUCCAUCGAAGAGCCUGCAAAAUCAUAAAUCAGCGGCACAGCUCACUGAAGCAUUCCCAAUUUUUGGCCCGAGAAAUCAAAACCAUGAUAGCGCUGUCCCAUGCAAACAUCGUUUCCGUCUAUGCGGUGUUCGAGUUUGGGCCUUACGUUUGCAUUUUUAUGGAUUUCUGUCGCUACGGGGAUCUAUUGCAGCGGAUUCAGGAGCGGGGAAAACUUUCCGAAUCUAAAUCUCGAAUGUUUUUCCGCCAACUUGUGUCCGCCGUCCACUACAUGCACAAGCAGGGAUUCUGUCACCGGGACAUAAAAUGCGAAAAUGUCCUUCUUUCGAGCCCAACGCACCUGAAACUUUCCGACUUUACAUUUGCCAAGAAGUGUUGCCCCGGGCCGCUGAGUGCUACAUUUUGCGGUUCGGUCGCCUAUGCGGCACCGGAAAUCCUCAAGGGCAUCCGCUACGACCCAAAGCGGUACGACAUGUGGUCCGUGGGCUGUGUGCUCUUCAUCAUGGUUACCGGAACGAUGCCUUUCGACGAAAGCAACAUACCCCAGACGAUUCAACGGCAGGAAAGGAAGCACUAUUUCUAUCCGGAAGCGGUGAAGCCCAAUCCUUCCAUUAUUGAGUUGAUCGAUAGCCUCAUAGAGCCGGAUGUGCAGCGGAGGGCAACGGUAGAGCAAAUUUCCCAGCAUCCCUGGGUACAGGAGGAGGCCGAAAUCUGAGAAAGGUGUGAGCCAAAUCAGCUGGAAUCUCGGUAAAAUCCGGAGAAGAAAAAAAAAACAGGAAAAAUCUCAUAACCCUUUGGGAAGACCCGAAGCGCUGAUUGAAUUUGAUAUUGGAAGGUUUGAAUUUCUUAUCGCUCCCCAUCCUACAGCAGGAGCAGCUGGUAAUAAAAUCAACCUGUUUACGUGUGGAGGUGGGUGUUUGGGAAAACUAUUCUUUUCAAUCUUGAGGAUACUCUGAAUUUCAAAAAAAAAUGAAUCAUAUCGUAAAAAAAUAAAUCAU